AGAAAACAAUAUGGCGGGAAUAAGAUGCCUGGUUAAAGUUUACUUGUGAUAAAUAUGUCACUGUGGUGAUCGUUAAUAACAAGCGUGUGUUGUAUAUUACAAGGAAUUUAGGACAAAUAGUUACAACCAAUUUGAAUAUGAGUGGCAAAGCUUCAGCCCCGUCCAUCCAGAAGUUGGAUGAAGUUGUUGUGAACAGAAUAGCAGCAGGAGAGGUGAUUCAGAGGCCGGCGAACGCCUUGAAGGAAAUGAUCGAGAACUGUAUUGAUGCCAAGUCGAGCAACAUCCAGGUGACAGUCAAACAGGGGGGUCUGAAGCUGCUGCAGAUACAGGACAAUGGGACAGGCAUCCGCAAAGAAGAUAUGGAGAUUGUUUGUGAACGCUUCACAACCAGCAAGUUGCAGAAGUUUGAGGAUCUCCAGUCCAUAUCAACGUAUGGUUUCCGUGGAGAAGCUCUGGCUAGCAUCAGUCACGUGGCACAUGUCACCAUAACAACCAGAACUGCAGAUUCUAAAUGUGCCUACAGGGGCUGUUUCCUGGAUGGCAAGUUGAAGGAAGCCGUGAAACCCUGCGCUGGCAACCAGGGCACGCAGAUCACGGUGGAGGACUUGUUCUACAACAUCGCAACACGACGGAAGGCGCUGCGUAGCCCAGCAGAGGAACAUGCCAAGAUUGUGGAGGUAGUGAGCAGGUAUGCAGUCCACAACAGCAAGAUAGGCUUCACUUUGAAAAAGCAUGGCGAGAGUAUGGCUGAUGUACGCACUCCCGUCAACUCUAAUCAUGUUGACAAUAUCCGGACAAUCUUUGGAGCCUCAGUUGCCAGAGAGCUGCUUGAAGUCAGCAAUGAGGAGAAGCAUCUGGCCUAUAAGAUGCAUGGAUUUGUCUCCAAUGCCAACUACUCCAUGAAGAAGGGAACCUUGCUCCUCUUCAUCAACCAUCGCCUUGUUGAUUCCACUUGUCUACGAAAGGCUUUGGAUACAGUGUACCAGGCCUACCUCCCCAAGAAUACUCACCCUUUUGUGUAUAUGAGCCUUGAGAUAUCUGCCCAGAAUGUUGAUGUGAAUGUCCAUCCAACAAAGCAUGAAGUUCACUUCCUGCAUGAGGACGCCAUCAUCGAGAGUAUUCAGGCAACAGUGGAGUCCAAGCUUCUCGGCUCGAAUGCUUCCAGGACAUUCUUCACACAGGCUUUGUUACCUGGCGCCCCUGUUUCUCUGGAGGAAGACGCAUCCAGCCAGUCUGACAUCGCUGCAGGAGAUGGUGGGAAGGUAUAUGCACAUCACCUUGUCCGAACAGACAGCAAGGAACAGAAGCUUGAUGCAUUCUUAAACAGACCAUCCACCAAUCAGAAGGAAGCAUCAGUCAGUUCAACCAAUCCGAGUGCACCAUCAGCCAGUGGUAGCAGUCGGCCAUCAUCUUCCACAAGUCAGGAUGACACCAUGGAAAUUGAUGAUGAAGAAAGUGACAAUGUAGCAAGAGCUGGAAUGUCUCCAAAACCUAGCACAUCAACCAGUGAAGCACAGCAUCGCCGUGAUGUGAAGCUGUCAAGUGUCCUUGACCUGCGCCGAGAUGUCCUUGACAACUGUCAUGCAGGUGUGAGAGACAUACUUCAAAGUCUCACAUUUGUGGGCUGUGUGAGUGAAGAGCAUGCCCUGAUUCAACACAAGACUAAACUCUACCUUGCUAACACCACCAAACUAAGCAAGGAACUCCUCUAUCAGAUGAUGUUGAUGGACUUUGGCAACUUUGGCCUUCUCAGAUUAUCAGAACCUGCCCCAAUCUAUGACCUUGCCAUGAUGGCCCUGGACUCAGCGGAGAGUGGCUGGACGGAGGCAGACGGACCAAAGGAGGACCUGGCCCAGUACAUCGUGGACUUCCUCAAGACCAAGGCACCCAUGUUGGAGGACUACUUCUCUAUAGAGGUGGACAAGUCUGGCAACCUGUUGACACUGCCGAUGUUGCUGGAUGACUACAACCCUGUGCUGGAUGGACUUCCCCUGUACGUGCUGCGACUUGCAACAGAGGUAAACUGGGAGGAAGAGAAGGAGUGUUUUGAGUCCUUCUGCCGAGAAACCAGCGAGUUCUACUGCAUUAAGAAGAGCUUGUUCUCCAGACUGGACCAUGAGGGAGGGUCACAGGAAGUGCAAGAAUCUCAUCCCAAGGGUGAUAAGUGGAGGUGGACUGUGGAGCAUGUCGUAUACCCAGCAGUUCGGACACAGUUACUUCCCCCUAGACAGUUUGCAGAGGAUGCAAGCUUAUUGCAGCUUGCCAAUCUCCCAGACUUAUACAAAGUGUUUGAGAGGUGUUAACUGGCAACAAUGUCGUAGUUACAACCCAACAACUGGCAGUCAGAAAUUUAUGGCACUGCCUUUCAAAACCUUUCCAAAAUUAAAACAUAAACACAGUUU